GACCGCGCCGCCUCCCGGGCCGCCUCCGCACAUGGCCGCCGCGGCCCCCGCGGGCGAGGCGCCCGCACAGUGCCGCGGCCGCGCGGCCGAUCGGAGGGAGACCCCCGCAGCUGGCCCGGCGCAGGAGGUGGAGCGGAAGCACGUGGCGAACUGCUCGUGCUGCUCGCGGGCGAUCGUCGACCACGAGCCGCUGUACAUGCGGAAGGACGAGAUCUACUGCAGCGGCGCCUGCCGCAACAUGGCGGCGCACGUGCUGGGGCCCGCGGAGCUGCGCGCGGAGCGCGAGGAGCGGGCGCAGCGGGUGCGCGACCGCCGGGCCCCGGAGGCCCACGGGCCCCCGAGGCCCCGCGGGUGGCGCGCCGCCGCACCGCACGAGAGCCCCAGGACGACGGCGGCGGCGACGACAACGAGGACCCCCAGCAGGCACCAGAGCAAGGACGAGCACUGCAAGGGCGGCCAGGACGGCAGCAGGAAGAAGUUCUGGAAGAGGCUCUUGGGCAGCGUCAUUGACAUCGUCUACUCGGUGAUCUCCGGAGGCUUGGUUCGCAGAGGACGACCCGCUGGAGCCCGCAUGCCCGGGCGGGCGGCGAGGCGGCGCGGCCUCGCCGGGCGGCUGCCUGGCGCUGAAGGACGCAGAGGAAUGCCCUCCGAAGGCCCCCACCGGCACCAUGCUCCGCAACCGCACCAGCCUCAGCCUGUCGUCGCAGCGUUGCUGCCGCCAGGCCGGGAGGCCGCGGGCCGGAGCGGAAGGACAGCGCCCCGCCGGGGCAGCGUCCGCCUCGCGCCCCUCCAGCCCCGACUGAGCGACCGAGGGUCCCCCCCCUCCUGCGGCGGGCUCGGGCUCGGCUGCCCCGACGGCGAUGCCCGCCGGCUUGGCAGGCUCGGCCGCGCCGCGCCUGCGGGGAGGAUCCAGGCCUCCCAGAUGAGGAGGUGGUGGAGAAGCAGUCACGUUUCAAAGGCCCUCAGGAGGCCAGCUAGUUGUUUGCUCAACGCUGCUCGCACACCCGAGUGGGUGUGACAAGGCAGCGGCAAAUUUCAAUAGGCAUUUAGAUAAUUCUAGAAUUAGCUUGUGACAUUGUUUCAGUCGCAGUAGGUGUGCACGUUCUCGCCAGCGUUGCGUCAGAUAGGCAUAGUGUGUAUGGCUUGAUGUGGGCACCGACGCUGUCCUCGACUCUGUCUCGUUGCUGCCCUUCGCGCUGUUAUUUUCAGAUUUUCAAAACCGUAGGCGAAUAUCGCAGUGUAGCAGAGUAUAGAGCGCGUCGGCAAGCCUCGCAUGGAACCCUUUGCUUGGCAUUGCAUGUUUCCGCAUCCUUCAUCGACACAUCAUGCUUGGAUGUGCUUUUGUUGGGGCGGCCAGCUGUGUUACGACACGCCGUGCUCUACCUUUUUGGUCUCAGGUUGAUAAUGCUCUUGAGGGGCUGCCACCACGGCCCGCUCCUCGAUGUUGCAGUUCCGAUUUCUUCGACCACGGCCGAGCUCCGGCCAGUACCCCGUGCGCCGUUUUUGGCAAGCUCUGCGCCAUACAUCGUGGCCGCCGGCCUCCUUGACAUCCAUUAGGGCUCGCGCCCGAUUCUCCAGGGUGCUGGUAACCACUGUCUGUAGAGAGGCUUGACGCCUUUUUGCUGUGGACGUGGCAGUCUCAACGUAUUCGGCCGUGCUUUCAAGUUGUUUCAAGUUGCAGUGUCAUCGCCGAGCAUAGGAGAAAGUGCCUUUCCGAAGCGGACGGACGGUACAGCUCGUGUUUCCGAGCCGGCCGCGAAUGACAGUUCGCCCUCGUAGCAAGUUCCCCGUUGGAAAUUUCUUGCCUAGAGGUUCAGGGACCUACAUGCUGGAUCGAUGCUGUCACUCCCGCCCUCCCUCCUCAUCCCUCCUCCUCCUCCGCCUCCUCCUCCUCCUCCUCAUCCUCGUCCUCCCUCUUCCUCCCUCCUCCUCC